GGAUGAAGGAGAAGGGGGGGGACGGGGGGGGUUGGUGCUGCAGAUCCCCUCCCCCCCACUGCUGCACCCGCAGCAGGGGGAUGGAGGAGAAGGGGGGGGGCGGGGGGGGCUGGUGCUGCAGAUCCCCUCCCCCCCACUGCUGCUCCACAAUCCUUCACCCGCCAGGGAUGGAGGAGAAAGGGGGGGUGGGGGGGGCUGGGGGGCGGGGGUGGAGCUGCGCGUGCAACUGCAGGGCACGCAGGCAGGGGAGCUGCAGUCGCACGCACGGGCACUGCGCGUGCGACUGCAGCUCCCCCCCCUCCAUGAUGCGACGGGGCACCGGGGCCGCGACUAG